AUGGCAAAAGUUGGCCCUUAUGUGAGCACAGACUGGAGCAUGGGCACAGCAAAGGCAGUAGCCAAGGUAAAGGGUGAGUCACUUGCACAUAUGUGCAUGAGAGUGUGGUCAGGGCUGCAGAGGUGGGAACAGUUGUUAUGUCUAACAAUCCACACGCACACAUGCACAGUAUGCAUUCCACUUUUACAGUGUACGCAGCGCAGCACGCGCUUCAACAGCACAAAAGGGCCACAAGGCAACAUGCGGUAA